AUGAACAGUGAGCAAGCAGCUGCAGGUGCCGCUGCUGCUGCUCAUAACAAAUUUAUGGUCAUUGGGAAGAAGCAAAGGUAUAUUGAGGUCUUCCAAUGUUCUCCCGAUGACAUGCAUUUGGUUAUGGCCCCAACAGCACCAGCACCCGUACCACCACCACCGCCACUCAUGCUUCCACAGAGACCAGCUUUUGUGCCAACUCUAGUGCCAAUGUCAGCGCCAAUGUUUUGGCCGUAUCCAUCACCACCAGUAUCACCAAAUAUGGUUAUACCUGGACAGGUAAAUCAGCUAGUGGUUUACGGUAUCGGCCCAAAUGUUGGCCUACCGGAUAUUAUAGCCCACUUUCAAACUCCCGACGUUGUCGUAGAGAACGUGAUGUUCACUCGCGUCGCUCAGGGUAACAUUCCCGGUGAGGCGGUGGUAACGAUAAGAUCACGAACACCAUCCGAUCCGCCGGUGGUCGCCAUCGAUCCGCAAUUUUUGCAAAAGAUGCCAAUUGACGCGCAAUUUAUGCCUGGCGCGGUGCCAAUGACGCUACCACAAGCGCUUCCACCACAGCCGAUCUACACGCUGAUCCAAUCGUAAGC